AUGGGGCCUUCCCUCGUCAACGCCUACACGCCUAGCCAGGUAACCGAAAUGGUUUCCCGGGCAGGCGUGUACAAGGGGCGCAUGCACCCACUCAAAGUCUUCCUCUCCUCCGUCAGCGCCGGGUGUCUCCUCUCAUUCGCCGCGGCCUCGUGCCUCACGGCCAACACGAGCACUUGGCUCCAAGAGAACGCGCCCGGCGUGGCCAGGCUCCUAGGCGCCUUCGUCUUUCCGUACGGUUUGGUGCUGAUCGUCCUGACCGGCGCCGACCUCUGCACCGGGACAUUCAUGUACACGACCGUCGCCGUCCUCCACCGCCGGCUGUCCGUCUGGCGGAUGCUGCUGCACUGGUUCAUCACCUUCUGGGGCAACCUGGCGGGGUCGCUCUUCAUGGUAGCCAUCAUCUUCGGCUACGGCGGCGUCUUCAGCACCGACCCCUACCGCGCCGAAGUCAUCGCCUUCACCACCAAAAAACAAGCCACGCCCGAUUUCCACAUGAUCUUCCUCCGCGGCAUCGGCUGCAACUGGCUGGUGUGCCUGGGCUGUUUCUUCGGCAUGCAAGGCCGCGACCUGACGUCCAAAAUCGUCGGCAUCUGGUGGCCCAUCUUCGCCUUCGUGUCGCUCGGCUUCGACCACGUCGUCGCCAACAUGUUCUUCAUUCCGAUGGGGAUAUGGGUCGGGAAUCCGGAGUUAACAGUGGGGUUGUAUGUGUGGAAGGGGAUUAUUCCCGCGCUGAUAGGGAAUAUUCUGGGUGGGGGCCUGUUUUGCGGGGCGUAUUAUUGGUAUAUGUAUUUGUAUGAGCAGGAGGCGCCGUUGAUUGAUGGGGUGGGGUAUCCGGAGAGGGGUGGGGAGGGGGAGGGGGAUGAUGUGGAGAAGGGGGUGGUGGGGCAUCGGCAUGUUGAGGAUGUGAGGGGGUUGAGGAAGAUGGAGAAUGGGUCGUCGUCGAUGGAGCAGGAGGCGAGGGGGGUGAGGGAGAGUGGGGCUUAG